CGCGGGGAGACCGGCCGGGACUGAGCCAGGGAGACGCGAGCAGUACCAGCUUUGCAGCAGCCGUAGCACUGGGAGUUGCUCUGGAGCGAAGGUGGGACAAUGAAGCUGUUAGAGAACUCAAGUUUUGAAGCAAUAAACUCUCAGCUGACAGUGGAGACGGGAGAUGCUCACAUCAUUGGCAGGAUCGAGAGUUACUCAUGUAAGAUGGCGGGCGAUGACAAGCACAUGUUUAAGCAGUUCUGCCAGGAGGGCCAGCCACAUGUUCUUGAAGCGCUGUCACCCCCUCAGACCACGGGGAUUAGCCCCAGCAGGCUCAGUAAAAGCCAGAGUGGAGACGAGGAGGGACCACUGAGUGACAAGUGCAGCCGCAAGACCCUCUUCUACCUGAUCGCUACCCUCAACGAGUCCUUCCGGCCCGACUACGACUUCAGCGCUGCCAAGGGCCAUGAGUUCAGCAGGGAGCCGAGCCUCAACUGGGUGGUGAAUGCUGUGAAUUGUAGCUUGUUCUCAGCAGUCCGGGAGGACUUCAAAGCCCUGAAGCCUCAUUUGUGGGAUGCUGUGGAUGAGGAGAUCUGUCUCUCGGAGUGUGACAUCUACAGCUACAAUCCAGACCUGGACUCAGACCCCUUCGGCGAGGAGGGCAGCCUCUGGUCCUUCAACUACUUCUUCUACAAUAAGAGGCUGAAGAGGAUUGUCUUCUUCACCUGCCGCUCCAUCAGCGGGUCCACGUACCCUCGCUCAGAGUCAGGGAAUGAGCUGGACAUGGAUCUCGGUGAAGAAGACCAGGAGGGGAGCAUGGAUGCCUAUGACAAGGAAAGCAGCAAUAUCGAGGACAGGGUGCAGGUUAUCUGCAUGUGAGUGUCCAGAUGAGCUCCAAGAAGUACUCAGCCCUGCUGAGCCAGCCUUCCAGACUUCAGUCCAUCAGCAUUGAGGAUGGGCCAGCCCUGGCCAUUGUGUGAACUACCCCAUGCACAGAGCCUGCAGCCCUGCUCUGCUCUUUGGCGCCGGGGGCUCCAGAGUGCCCCAGCACCUGCCCCACAGCACUGCAUGUGGAAAGCAGCUGGUGCCUCUGGGCUGCAGACAUCCUCCAGCUGCAGGUCCUGCCCCAGAGCCCGUUCCCUCCAGACACGUGCUGUGUGAUUGGUCAGCAGAGGCCACGCUCUCCCUGCCGGCCUGGGCUCCGGCUCACCAGACGCUUGCGCAGGGCCUUUGAGACGCUUCCAUGCACUGUAGGAAUUGAUCUGCUGGCUGCACUGGUCCUGCUCCUGCUGGCUCUGAAGCAGGGCAGGCUGCUCCUCGGGCACUUUCCUUUACCGACGGCGACCCAUCCAACUCCGUCCGGCCAGAGCAGUGGCAGGGCGCAGGGCAUCCUCGCCUCCUGGAUCUCCUCUUUCAGAACUGUUGGUGACCCGCGCCUGCUCCCUGUUUUGGGGGGGGGGGGGGUUGCUUGGCCCCUGCUCACCUCAUGGACUCAGUUUGCUCUUUUCCAAGGCUGUAGCAGGCGCCUUGCGGCCCCAUGCUGAGCGCUGCUCUCCUGUGCAAACGAACUGGCUGGGAGAUCGAGCUGAGGCCAGCGGGGCUGAUUGGUUGGUUGGUUUGUUUUUAAACCACAGAUGACUUUUGGCAUCAGCUGUGCUAGAGCUGGGCCAGAGCGCGCUUGGGCCGGGAAGGGGUGGCUGCUGGGAGCCUGCUUCGCUCUCCAGGAUUUCUGCAGAGCCUGUUUUCGUAGGGUGGCGUGUGUUGGGAGCUCAGCCCUGUUGACUCUGACUCGUGCUCUGGUUUAACUGCAUCCUCCCCUCUGUCCCCCUUGGCCGGUUCCCCAGCACUGGCCCUCUUAGUGCAGGCUGCUGGGCCCGACGCCAGGCUCCCCCCUGCCCCCAGGGAUGAGUAUACGCUGUCCCAGGGCCAAAGCAGGACUGGGGUGCAGAGCAGCCUGCUCUUCAUGGGCACUGGAGCACAUGGGGGGACUGGGGGGACCUGGCACUAGCAUGGUGUCUGCAGAGGGCAGCAGCACCAGGCCCAGCUCCCUGCAGCUCCUCGGGCCUCACCCGCCCUGGCAGGUUGCACCAGGAUAGCUGCAAACCCCUAGUGGAGAUGUGCUGGCAGAGGGUCUGGGCCCAGCUUCUCUGCAGCGGGGGCAAGGUGGAGAGGGGCCAGCCCAGCACAGUCAGGGCCCCUAGAUCUCAGCCAGCCAGGGAGCUUUCCCCUGGAGCUGUGCCCUGCCAGCCUCGGACCUGCAGAGGGAGCUGUAGCGGCCCCUGGUUCUGCUGCUGGCCCAUGCACCAGCCUCCUCCCCCUGAGCUCGCUCGUCACCUAGCCCCCUUCACUGCUGGAAUCUGCCACGGGAACGGCGUUGGGGCGCUGGGGCUGAGCCAUAGCUUUCCCUACAGCUAGAGGACUGUGCGGGGAAGCCUGCCUGCCCAGCCAAGGGGGCUGCCAGCUGCCCCCAGAGUCUCCCCUUCGCUGUGGGGCAUUGUCCCUUCACACAUCCUCCCUGGGCAUUUGCUCCAAGGCCAGCUCAUCGCAACUGCCCAGCUCAGUGCUUUAAGGGCCAGCAGGUGCCUGUUCAUCACUGCUGGGAAGAGCUGUCUUGGCAGGAUCCGUCUGCCUCCUUGGGCCUGCAGGGUGUGCCUGGGGGCCUUGCUGGCCCGGGGAGGAUAUGGGGAGGGGAACCUUACGUCAAAGCGUCCUGUUUUACCCACCUGUAGUCUAAGGAGGCUGCUCUCCCUAGCGCUGGGAGCCAUGGCUGUAACCGCCUGCCCUCGAGCAGGGAGCCCAUGUGCAUUGACCAUCCCUGCUGGAGCGCCGCAGCCCCGGCUAGGCUCUGGCUGGAGCUCGCAGCAGCGGGGGGCUCAUUGACAGAGUCGUGCUUGCCUCUGAGCCAUGCCAUGGCUGGCCAUCAGGGUGGAGGCCACCAGCCCUGCCAGGCCUGGGCAGCUUGGACUCCUGCCAUAUGCUCAGCAUGGCCUGCAUGGGUGUCUCUGCAGUGGUGCCCGGGCAGAGGGCUGGUGAGCACCGUAAGCUCCACAGCGUUACUCAGUCUGGGCAAAUGUGACCCGUAUCCAUGGCUGAGAUGGGGCCGUGGCCAGGAACCAUGGGUCCAGAUCUCAGCCCAGCUACCGAGAACCUGGCAUUCCCGCUCCUGCCUUUGCCCCUAUGUUCACUGGCCCAAGUGGUGCAUAGCUGGCCUCUCGGCAGGGAGCCCCUGCUCCAAGGGGAGGGCGCAGCUGCUGUCCCCCUGCACUGCUUCGAGAGCUUGUGCCUCUAGUCUCCUGCACGGGUGGGCAGGGAGCUGGGGCCAGUUUCAUGUUUAAGUCCCUGUGAGGUUUGACUUUACUGCAUAGCAAUGUAUCGUUACACCAAUAAACUUUAUCUGUGACUGACA